CACUUUGUUACAAGCUUAGUAACCAGCUUAGGACCAGCAUUAAACAUUAAGAAUCAGUGAAGCGCCCGGGACACUUCAUUCUUCUUUAAUUUAUAUUUUAUAGUUUUUCUGUUGUAAAAGGAACAAAUAAUAACAAACAGCCAAAAUGUGUGAUGAUGAUGCAGGAGCACUUGUCAUUGACAAUGGAUCAGGAAUGUGCAAAGCUGGUUUUGCUGGAGAUGAUGCACCACGUGCUGUCUUUCCAUCCAUUGUUGGACGUCCACGCCAUCAAGGUGUGAUGGUUGGUAUGGGUCAAAAGGAUGCCUAUGUUGGUGAUGAAGCACAAAGCAAACGUGGUAUCCUCACACUGAAAUACCCAAUUGAACACGGUAUCAUUACCAACUGGGAUGAUAUGGAAAAGAUCUGGCAUCACACUUUCUACAAUGAACUCCGUGUUGCACCAGAAGAACAUCCAGUCUUACUCACAGAAGCCCCAUUAAAUCCAAAGACCAACCGUGAGAAGAUGACACAAAUUAUGUUUGAGACAUUUGCUGCCCCAGCUGUAUAUGUUGCAAUCCAAGCUGUUCUCUCACUCUACGCUUCCGGUCGUACCACUGGUAUUGUUUUGGACUCUGGAGAUGGUGUUUCACACACUGUUCCAAUUUAUGAAGGUUAUGCUCUUCCCCAUGCCAUCACUCGUUUGGACUUAGCUGGUCGCGAUUUGACUGAUUACCUCAUGAAAAUCUUAACUGAACGUGGAUACUCAUUCACAACUACAGCUGAACGUGAAAUCGUUCGUGAUAUUAAGGAGAAAUUGUGCUAUGUUGCCUUGGACUUUGAGCAGGAAAUGCAAACAGCCUCAGCUUCAACAUCACUCGAGAAGUCAUAUGAAUUGCCUGAUGGACAAGUUAUCACAAUCGGUAACGAACGUUUCCGUUGUCCAGAAGCUCUUUUCCAACCAUCAUUCUUGGGUAUGGAAUCAUGCGGUGUCCACGAAACAGUUUACAAUUCAAUCAUGAAGUGCGAUGUUGAUAUCCGUAAGGACUUGUAUGCCAACUCAGUCUUGUCAGGAGGUACCACAAUGUAUCCAGGUAUUGCUGAUCGUAUGCAAAAGGAAAUCACAUCACUCGCCCCAUCAACAAUUAAGAUCAAGAUCAUUGCUCCACCAGAACGUAAAUACUCCGUCUGGAUCGGAGGUUCAAUCUUGGCAUCACUCUCAACCUUCCAGACAAUGUGGAUCAGCAAACAAGAAUAUGAUGAAUCUGGCCCAGGAAUUGUUCACAGAAAAUGUUUCUAAAUUAACUGAAAUUCAUAAUUUAUUAAUACAAUUAUGUUUAUCAGCGAAACAUUUACUUUAUAACGACGAACAAUCAACGAACGAGCCCAGAAUCAUCCGACUUUCUUUUUAUUACUCUGCAAAAAAAAAAUCACAUAAUUUUCAUAUGAUAUCACACAUACGUUUUUAAGGAAGGAUAAAAUAUCAAUAUCAACAACUACAACAUCAAAUUAAAACUUUUUUUAAUUUUAAAUCAAACAAAUCAAUCUCUUUGUUUUUUGGAAGUCUUUUAGUAAGACAUGAAAAUUAUUCUGUAAACAGAUAACCAAAUAACAUCGUACUACGUAAUAAUAACUCUAAUAUUUUUUCAAUUUUUUUAUUAUUUCUUAGAAUUCAGUUUGUUUGAUUUUAUUUUCAUUCUAUCUAUAUUUUAUUCUUUAUUUGAAAUAUUUUGGCGCUUUCUCUAUAAUAAGGUUUUUGUUCACAUAAAUAAGUUAUGUAUAAACUGCCUUUUUUCUUUACUUUUCUUUGGCUGGUGUGUGUUAAGAGAUGCUAAGAACAGCAAGCAGCAAUAAUAACAGCAACAACUACUACUAUAAAUAUUUUUCAGGACAACAACUUGAAUAUAUUUUCACUGCCCAACUCCCAUAAAUAGAAUAUAUCUUUAGUGCCAAGGCUGAAAAAUAGCUAGUCUGAAAACUUUUGAGGUUAAAUGAAUCCAAAUGAUAAAUAUUUGAUUGAUUAUUUGGAUGCUAGCUUAAUACUUCAGCUUAUGGAAGCUAAAGUUAGAUACUGCCCUUCUUCAAUAUUAGAAGAAAUAUUUUAAAGAAAUAGUCAGAAUUUUUUAUUAGUUCUUUCAUUCUCUCAAAAUAUAUAAACAUAAAUAGGUUUUAAUGACGUUUUUUGCUUACUUUUUAUUUCUUGAUAAUGUUUUAAACUUUUUUGAAACAAAUAAAUUAAAUAAAUGAAAUAUUGCAUAAAUAAUGAAUCAAAGUAAAUAAGUAUAUAAAAUAGUACAUAUGCACAACUUUAUCUACAUGAAGAGCAUGAAAUUAAUAAGGCGAAAGUGAUGAGAAUACUCCCCAGAAAAACCCAUAAGAUCAACAACAACUCCGACACGUUUUGACGUUUUAAAAUGAGAUCAUAGAUUGAACAACACUUUUUUAAGAAAAAUUAUUUCUAUCAUUACAUAAGAAUUUUUUAAAUUAAGAUUAAAAGGGAAUAAAAUAAGACUUCAAAGGAAAAGAAAAUAAUGCUUAGAGA